AUGGCUGCUCACCCGGUUGCGACGACUUACGGCCUGGCAGCGGGCGAUUUUGUGUACGUACGCUACAACUACGCCCAGCGGCUCUGGCACGAGCGUUUGGUCGUCCUGCUGGUGGAGAAUGCCGGGUUCUUGGUGGCCAUAGUCACCCCAGAUGGGGACGAGCACGAUGAGAAUUUCAACGGGCCUGACAUCGUGGAGGUGCAGGUGGCGCCCGGCGCGGCAGCAGGCGGCACUCCUGCUGGUGUCGGGGCCGAUCCCUUGUACAAGUUUCGGGCUAUUCCGACAGUCGCGACUACCACUGCCGCUCGGGCCGCUGCCUGCGCGAGGCACGGCGUCGCCGCGCCGCCUGGCCAGCUCCUCCCCAACGUUACUGGGAGAGCGGGCGCGGGCCUGGCGGGCGCCGCGGCCGCGGCCGCUGCGGGCGCCCCGGGCGCCCCCGCCGGCGGCGCUGGAGCCGGCGCUGGAGCCCUCGCUCCCGCAGCAGGGCUUGGCGGGCUCGUCGCCGCCCUCGGCGGAGCAGCGCAGCCGGUGCCCGCGGGAGCGCUGGCGCUGGUUGCCGCCCCGGCCGCGGCUGGGCCCGCCCCCGCCGGCGGCGCGGACGCCGCCGGCGCAGCCGCCGUGGGCGCCCCGGCAGGAGGCGCGGGCGCCCCCGCUGCUGCCGGCGCGGCGGCGGCGGCAGCCGCCCCGGCCCCCGCCGCAGGAGCCGCGGCUGGCGGGGCUCUGGGCGCCGCGGCGCCGAUCGCGGGUGCAGGCGGGCUCGGAGUCUACUUUGACCUGAGGGUGGUGCCGGUCCAGUAUGACCUGCUGGGCGAGCGCAAGGUUUCCUUCGAGAGGGCCGUGCUCGGGUUCCGGGAGGACGUCUUCCCGGACUGGCCCAUCAAGGGCCCCCGCUCCUGCAUGUGGGUGUGCCGUUACAUCUUUCAGAACGGCGGGUCGCCUACUGGGCGCCAUGCGCGCUGGAAGCAUGAUGCCAAGCUCCAGUCACAGGAUGCAGGAGUUGCUGAGCACGAACGAUGCUGCCGCCAGCUCGAGACGAUGGCCUGCUAUGACCAGAUUAACCUGCCCAACUGCGCGACUGCGGAGCACCUGGCCCGCUCGCUUCAGGUCCAGGAGGAGCGCUGGAGGGAGCGGCUGAGCGGGCACAAGGAGGACGCCAUCGGGGACGCUCACCUGUACUACGGCGUGGACCUGGCACGCGCCGGGGUGCGCGUGUGCCCCGAGCUCACCGACUGGGUGGCCAAGGAGCUCUCUCGCGAGCAUGCCCUGCUGAAGGAACGACGUAAAGCUAGAGAAGAACGAGAAGCGGCCCGCAAGGGCAAGAAGACCAAUGAUGCAUAA